AUGCUAAAGAUUACGAGACCAUGGACUUGCAGGCAAUGUGCUGGAGCACUCAGGCAAUACACUUAUGCUUACUCGGCACCUAGCACUACGUCUACACAUCUUGGAAUACAACGGCGAGCAUAUACUGCGAAACCUCAUGCUCAGGAUGGGCGGCCUUUCCGAAUGGCAGUUAUUGGCUCCGGCCCUGCCGGGUUCUACACCUCCUACAAGGUCAUGUCCAAGAUUGAGAGUUCGGUCGUUGAUAUGUACGAGCAUUUGCCUGUGCCAUUUGGAUUGGUGCGAUUUGGCGUCGCUCCGGAUCACCCUGAAGUAAAGAACUGCCAGGAAAAGUUCGAGGAAGUUGCCGAAUCUCCCAGGUUUAACUUUGUAGGGAAUAUCCCUAUUGGACAUUAUGAUGGCGCACUUCCCCUAGAGGCUCUCCUGCCACAUUACGACGCCGUUUUAUUUGCAUAUGGAGCAUCUAAAGAUAGAACUCUAAAUAUCCCGGGAGAAGAUACGCUGAAAGGCAUAUAUUCCGCCCGCGCGUUUGUUGGAUGGUAUAAUGGUCUUCCAGAAUACUCCGACUUGGCACCAGACCUUACACAGGUAGAUGAGGCUGUGGUUAUUGGACAGGGAAAUGUUGCUAUGGAUGUGGCUAGGAUUCUGUUGCAGGAUGUAGAUAUCCUACGGUCCAGCGAUAUUACGGAGCAGGCGAUUGAGACUCUAGCGAAGAGCAAGGUAAAGAGGGUGAGGGUCGUUGGGAGAAGAGGCCCCUUACAAGCGGCGUUCACGAUCAAGGAGGUACGUGAACUAGUCAAACUACCUUCUGUGGCAUUCCACCCUGUGGAUAUGUCAUUAAUACCAGAAGAUAUUUCUAAAUUACCACGACCGCCCCGGCGGAUCAUGGAAGUUUUGAAAAAGGGUGGUGUUGCUUCAGUUUCUACAGCUCCCAAAUCCUGGUCUCUAGACUUCUGCAUGUCACCAAGGUCUUUCAAUCCGGGCAGAGAAUUCCCAGAUCAGUUGGGCGGCAUGUCCUUCGAGAAGACUUCUUUAAGCCCCGGCCCCUUUGAGCCUACCGCUAAAGCUGUGGGCACCGGUGAAGUGAUUGACAUUCCUUCAUCGUUGGCUUUCCGAUCAAUAGGUUACAAGUCAGAAGCUCUUCCGGGUUUCGAGAGUUUAGGAAUACCUUUUAAUGAUCGUUUGGGGGUAAUACCCAACGAUCAUCUGGGGCGUGUCAUGGACGAGAAUAGCGGUUGGUCAGAGUCUAAUACUGGGAAGAACUUACCAGGCAUGUACUGUGCUGGAUGGGUGAAGAGGGGCCCAACAGGUGUUAUUGCAGGCACCAUGGAAGAUGCGUUCUCAACGGCGGAUUCAAUCCAAGAGGACUGGUACUCUCAAGUUCCGUUUCUUAAUUCUGGGAAUGGAAGUGGUCAGGGAUGGGAAGGGGUCAAGGAGGAAGCGGCCAAAAGGGGAUGUAGGCGGGUUAGCUGGGAGGAUUGGAAAAAGAUUGAUGCGGUGGAAAAAGAAAGGGGUCGCAAGGCUGGAAAAGAACGAGAGAAGUUCACAAAGAUAGCUGACAUGCUAUCCGUACUUGACUAG